CCUACACAGUGACAGCACACUGUACAAUUAUUCAUUCAGUCCCAUGCAUCUUUCAUUGUCAGGUCUUUAAAGCUAGCAUUCUUGUGCAUCCAUCGUCUAGACAAGGAUACGGCCAGAAAUCUUGACGGAAAUCGCCUCUAUUGCUAUCGUCCAUUGGAGGUAUAUAAGCACCAACCAUUGCCCCGGCUAUUUUAUGGCCCGCCUAUCAGUUUACCUGAAACUAUUCAUAUUGAGUUUGAAUUCUACGAGGCCAUGUUAAGAUUUCUUUAUCGAUAUGCCCCAACAGCUACUCAUCACACCCCCCAAGCCGCGUGACGUCUUUACGGAGCGACAACAGUGCCAGGUUGCUCAGCUUUUCCAAGACAGCAAGAUCCCCUACGUUUAUUUCCUGGCACCAAGCCUUGCCGCCCGGAGCCCGGACUAUAACGCAAGCAGUUGGGUCGUCCCCGAUAGAUACUUCGGCCGAGCCGUCCGAACCCUUCAGAGGGCAGAGUUUCCGAAGUGUGUGCUGAAAAGAGAAUGCGCCCUACGCUCCCUGGAAUGCCUGCGACCCUUGCCCGACUAUCAUUUUCAUUCCAACAAGUACCCCACCGUGGAGCAAUUCGAGUACGGCCACCCCAUAUGCACCUCGAUCGACUUGUACAGGAAGUCGACCCUACUAUGGAUGUUUCCAGACCCCCCGAUUGACAUCGUCACCCCACACGAUUCCUGUUACGAGGCUCGAGGGCUCACCAAGCCUGGCUUGCGCAGCUACCUGCCCUUGGCCGACAAGCUUCCGGUGACAGUCCUGACCUUCCCCAAAUUCAUUGAAGCUUUCAUCAUGCUGGCCUGCCGCGACUGCGAGGGCCACUGGUCUUUCAAGUUCUGGAUCGACUUCCUCCUGUUUAUCAGACGGUAUGAGGAGGGGGCGCGCCAGCGCGAUCCCGCCCUCGCAGACGACGCCGAUAAAGCCUACCCUCUCUGGCGGAUGGAGAUGAUCGGCGAACCGUACCGGGAUUACUACAAACGCUUAGUCUAUUACGACUACGAUCAACGCUGGGACAACGACUGUGGCACCCAAACUUUAAGGUUUCUGCAGAUGACUUUGCGGGACGUGAUAGACCUACCGAAAGGCGAUGGCCGCCUUCUGUGGUGCUGCUGGGGCAAACCGCUCCCACAGCAUAAAGAUCACUCGCGGCCUGCGUGGAGGAACGUCCGGUGUUUAGGCGAAGGCCGGCCUGAGCUGGACUUGCAGAGACUGGGCACCCAACAUCGGUGUGUCCAUAAACUUGCUCCUGCUCACCCGAGACCAUACCACGAGCGUCCUACAGCUUUCGCGCUACCCUCGCCUUCUACUUCUCCUGCACCUUCUGAACCUACAUACCCCGAGUCUGAUCUCUCAGAUUCUGAACCACACGACUCAUAUUGGAUGUAGUAUAUAUCUUCAUCGCGUUAUAUAUUACUACCUUUCAUGUGUGAAUCGGUUCUUUUCGUGCUCUUGAUCUAACGGGGUUGCCUCUUGAUUCCCUGUUAUACCUAC